ACUGCCGCCUCUGGCGCGAACGCUCAGGCGCCUCCCCCCGCCCCAGUCACUGUGGCUCCGCGCACGCUGCCGGCGGCUGCCCUUUCCGCCUGCGGGGGAGCCGAGCCGCGGGGCCGCCGCGCGCCGAGCCAUGGCCUCGGGCCGGAGGGGCUGGGACAGCGCCCACGAGGACGAUCUGCCCGUGUACCUGGCCCGGCCCGGCACCACGGACCAGGUCCCGCGGCAGAAGUACGGCGGCAUGUUCUGCAGCGUGGAGGGCGCCUUCGAGAGCAAGACGCUGGAUUUCGAUGCGCUGAGCGUGGGGCAGCGGGGCGCGAAGACCCCCCGGAGCAGCCAGGGCGGCGGCCGGGGCGCGGGGACCCGGCCGGGGCUCGAGGCCGACAGCCCGCGCCGGGGCCAGGGCCAGGGCCAGGGCCAGGGCCAGGGCCGCGAGGACGCCAGGGAGCCCGCGCCCGCCGCGCCCGCCGCGCCCGCCGGGGUGGAGAUCCGGAGCGCCACGGGCAAGGAGGUGCUGCAGAACCUCGGCCCCAAGGACCAGAGUGACCGUCUCCUUAUCAAGGGCGGUAGAAUCGUCAAUGAUGAUCAAUCCUUUUAUGCUGAUAUUUACAUGGAAGAUGGUUUAAUAAAGCAAAUUGGAGACAAUCUGAUUGUCCCUGGAGGAGUGAAGACCAUCGAAGCCAACGGGAAGAUGGUGAUCCCAGGAGGCAUUGAUGUCCACACCCAUUUCCAGAUGCCACACAAGGGGAUGACCACAGUGGAUGACUUCUUCCAAGGGACGAAGGCCGCCUUAGCGGGAGGCACCACCAUGAUCAUUGACCACGUGGUACCUGAGCCGGAGGCCAGCCUGACGGAGGCCUAUGAGAAGUGGAGAGAAUGGGCGGAUGGGAAGAGCUGCUGCGACUAUGCCUUGCACGUGGACAUCACCCACUGGAAUGAUAGCGUCAAGCAGGAGGUGCAAAACCUCAUCAAGGACAAAGGGGUUAACUCCUUCAUGGUUUACAUGGCCUAUAAGGAUUUGUAUCAAGUGUCCAACACAGAGCUCUACGAGAUCUUCACCUGUCUAGGCGAGCUGGGAGCCAUCGCGCAAGUUCACGCUGAGAAUGGGGAUAUCAUUGCUCAGGAGCAAACCCGGAUGUUGGAAAUGGGGAUCACUGGCCCAGAAGGGCACGUGCUGAGCAGACCAGAGGAGCUGGAAGCUGAAGCUGUGUUCCGUGCCAUCACCAUUGCAAGCCAAACCAACUGUCCGCUCUACGUCACGAAGGUCAUGAGCAAGAGCGCGGCCGACCUGAUCUCGCAAGCCAGGAAAAAAGGAAAUGUGGUUUUUGGUGAGCCCAUCACUGCCAGCCUCGGCACAGAUGGAACCCAUUACUGGAGCAAGAACUGGGCUAAGGCAGCUGCGUUUGUGACAUCCCCACCUCUGAGCCCUGACCCGACCACUCCUGACUACAUCAACUCCUUGCUGGCCAGUGGAGACCUGCAGCUCUCUGGGAGUGCCCACUGUACCUUCAGUACUGCUCAGAAGGCGAUUGGGAAGGACAACUUCACAGCCAUCCCUGAGGGCACCAACGGUGUGGAAGAGCGGAUGUCUGUCAUCUGGGACAAGGCUGUGGCCACUGGGAAAAUGGAUGAAAACCAGUUUGUGGCUGUGACAAGCACAAAUGCCGCCAAGAUCUUCAACCUCUAUCCCCGCAAGGGGAGAAUAUCUGUGGGUUCUGACAGCGACCUGGUGAUUUGGGACCCAGAUGCGGUGAAGAUUGUCUCGGCCAAGAGCCACCAGUCGGCUGCGGAGUAUAACAUCUUCGAGGGACUGGAGCUGCGCGGGGCCCCUCUGGUGGUCAUCUGCCAGGGCAAGAUCAUGCUGGAGGAUGGCAACCUGCACGUCACCCAGGGGGCAGGCCGCUUCAUCCCCUGCAGCCCGUUCUCUGACUACGUCUACAAGCGCAUUAAAGCCCGGAGGAAGAUGGCAGACCUGCAUGCGGUCCCCAGGGGCCUGUACGACGGGCCGGUGUUUGACCUGACCACCACACCCAAAGGGGGCACCCCCGCGGGCUCCACCCGGGGCUCCCCCACGCGGCCCAACCCGCCCGUGAGGAACCUUCAUCAGUCGGGAUUCAGCCUGUCUGGCACCCAAGUGGAUGAGGGGGUCCGCUCGGCCAGCAAGCGCAUCGUGGCACCCCCUGGAGGCCGCUCUAACAUCACGUCCCUGAGUUAAGCGACCCCUCCCCAAAGAGAGGGGCAGAAGCAAGAAGAGAUUUUCUUGAAGCCAAAAUGGUACACCAAUAUUUAAGAAGGAAAGCGAAUCCAAACAGUUGCGAUCUAAAGAAUCAAUAAGCCUCAAGCCUUAUGUUUCUCCAAUGCUACACUCGCUUGCCUAGCUUUACGAAUAUUGCUUUGUUUUCUGUUUAUGCAUAGCCUUGAUUUGUUUGACCCCCUCCCCCCAUUUCCAUGCAUGCAAUCAGACAGGCUACUAAGGUAAAAGCGUCUGCUAUAUAGUGUUGA